AUGAAACAAAGAAAAUAUACAUUAAGGGUACUUGGCUGGGCCUUUGUACAAAAAACAACUCAUCAUCGCAUUCUUCUUCAAAUUGGAUACACCAAGAGAAAGAAGAAAACAAGUUUAGAAAGAUGGCAACCACUCCCAUUUCAAAGAUACCACAAUAGCAACAACAACUGAUGGCGCCGCAGCAGCAACACGGUGAGGGUCACGAUCAAUUCACCGCCUUAGAUGACAAUGUAAUGACAAAGCAGAUCUUGGCCACCCAUGCUAAUCAUAAUUUCCACAAGGUCGAACUCAGGCCCCAUCUCCAAAUCAUUGAGAAAAUCGUCCAGCACUCCACCACUCUCGAACGCACCAAUGUUCACGACGAGGAAGUUUCUUCACACAUGGAAAGCUUGGACGAGAAGAUCCGAAAGGUUAACUUCGUAGGUAUGCUUGAAGCACUGGCUUACACCGUACACAAGAUCUCCAAUGAGAUAUCGUGCAAGUGCUUUGGGCGUGGAGAUGCACGCUCGACAACAGUGGAAUUGUUGAAGUCCCUAUCAAAAUUCUCUUGGGAUGCCAAGGUGGUGGUGGCCUUGGCCGCCUUUGGAGUCACCUAUGGGGAGUUUUGGUUGGUGGUGGAACUCUAUCAGACACACCCUUUGGCCAAGCCCAUAGCACUACUAAAGCAAUUACCUGACAUAUUUGAGCAACUGGAGAAAUUGAAGCCUAUGUUUGAAGCACUUUGGAGCCUCAUCAAAGCCAUGCUCGAUCUGACCAGGUGCAUCAUCCAAUUCCAUGAGCUGCCACCUCAAUACAUCUCCCCUAACCAACCACCCAUGUUGGUGGCCACCGCUCUCAUCCCCACUGCUGUUUACUGGACCAUCAGGAGUGUCGUUGCCUGUGUAUCCGAUGUUAUUGGCCUUAUUGGUCUGGAUCACAAAUCUAUUCCCUUCACUGUUGAGGCUGGUGAGCUGUCCAACUUAGAACACAAGGUCAACAAAAUACAUGAACACCUAACCAAGCAACUCGAAAUUUGCAAUCAGCAUGUUGAUGAGAUGAAAGAGCUCGAAGCUUAUAACUCUCUAGUACAACUGUUUGAAACGAGUCAGGUGGACAACAUGAAUAUUCUCAAACCAUUGAUUCCCGCUAGUAAGGAUGAUUUGCAGCCGCUUGUUUAUGGGCCCACUAGAACAAGGGUGAUCAGCUCCACAUAUGUGGAGAGUACAUAAGUAAUCGCCUGACACGUGGUCAAGCAAUAACAGGCCACCUUUUCUUCCCAACUGCUUUCUCUGGGAGUACUUUCCCAACUGCUAUCUCUGGGAGUACUCUGGUUUUGGAGGUGAGGAACGAAAUUUAGGGGUUCUCCUUGUUUUGAGAAAGAGAGAGAGAGAGAGAGAGAGAGAGAGAGAGAGAGAGAGAGAGAGAGAGAGAGAGAGAGAUCCAGGUGUGUUUGUCUCUCUUGUAUCCCGUUUGCUGCGGACCGGAAGAGGAAGGGGCGUGGGGUUUUCAGAGAGAACGAAAGAGGUGCAUGAGUUGGAUGGGAAGAAGAUGAUGUGGGUCCCACUAUUUUCCAUUAAAAAAAAAAAUAAGAACUUGGAAGCGAAGCUCCUUUCUUGCCGAGAAAUGAUCAACUGCUUGUACGAUCAUCUGGAGUCGGUAUCUAAUACUUGUCCUUUUUACUUUUAAAUAUAUCAUUUUUUAUCCUAAAAAAGGGUGAUUGAUGUUGAUUCGUACGAUCAGGUGAUCGUAGGAGCAGAGUAGCAAAUCCAAUCUCUAGAUUGCUAGUUAUUUAUUGGUCACGUGUUAACCUACCACCUAAUACUCUCCCCAUAUUUGGAGAAUGGAUCUGUUGCUCGUACAAUCACCUGGUCGUACAAGUCAACGACCAACACCUGUCUUUUUUGUUUUCAGAUAUACCCCUCUUUAUCCUUGUAAUGACAGAAAAUGGGACAAGUGUUGAUCGUUGACUUGUACAACCAGGUGAUCGUACGAGCAGUGGAUUCUAUCUCCUAUAUUUGGAUCUGAUCCAGACUAUGCAACUUUCUAGUCAUCUCGAUUCUCAACUAUAAAUCUAAUACUAGUUUACUUGAAGCUUCACUCAAUUAUUGCUCUUUGUGUUCGUUUUGUAUGUAAAUAUGUACAUUACAACACAAGUAGUUUGGCAUUGAAGUGCUCAGAUAUAAAUGGUCGUUGUUGUUGAUAUCGGACUUGUACAUCUCUCGAGAAGAAUUUACGAUUUUUAAUCAGAUCAUGUGUGAGAUGAGGUGGUACGUGAAACAAAAAAUUGAAAUUUUGGGUCUCCAAAGGAUCAUCGGUCGGUUUGAGUCUGGUUUCCAAGUGGUGUGGAUCCCUGUGGUGGACAAGACUCUCCCAUGGACCGAAACCAUGCAGAGAGACUAUGAUCGAUUGCAGGCCACUAUGCCGGAGUACUCGGUUCACCAACCUUCUUUGAUCAAUCCAGGGGUGAUUAAAUACUUCAAGGAGAUGUGGCACUUCAACAAGAAGCCAAUCUUGGUGGUUUUGAACAGAUUGGGUAAGGUUGAGAACCCCAACGCCCUCCAUAUGUUGUGGAUCUGGAGAAGCUUUGCCUUCAAUUUCUCCAGCAACCAGGAGAAAGAACUCUGGAGUUCAGAGACCUGGAGACUUGAAUUCUUGGUUGAUGGCAUUGAUGAAGAUAUACUCCGUUGGGUGAAGGAGGAAGAACAAUUCAUUUGCCUAUAUGGAGGAGAAGAUAUAGAUUGGAUAAAGAAAUUAAUGGCGAAGGCAAGAGCAGUGGCACAAGAAGUAGGCAUACUAUUCAAGAUGAUGUACGUAGGGAAGAGAAACCCGAAGGGUCGAGUGAAGACGAACAUUGACAUCAUCAACAGAGAACCUCAGCGAUUGUUGGAAAAACCACACACUCAUCUGGUUCUUCUGGAACCGACUAGAGAGCAUGUGGUAUUCCAAGAUGAAGCAUGGCAGCACCAUUGAUAAUGACCACAUAAUGCAAGAAAUCAUGACAAUGCUAAUCUUUGAUGGAAAUGAGCAAGGAUGGGCAUUGAUCAGUAAGGGAUCAGAAAUCAUGGCCAAAGCCAAUGGAGAAUUGUUCUUGAAAUGCUUUGAGGAAUACAAUAAGUGGAAGGAAAACGUUGAUGGUAAGGGUUUCAUUUAGGAACUCAAUGAUCACUUGAAAAAGCUACACACAUCGGAUCACUGCAAUCACCUCAUCCUUCCAGGGACAGACAAUAUGAUCCCCAAGAAGGUGCUCUGUACUGAGUGUGGGCGCCCUAUGGAGAAGUCUGUGUCUGUCAUUUACAACUGCUGCAACAAUUAGUUGUGGCUCUCACCUGUUACUCCACUCCAACCUAUACUACCAUUAACAAAUGAAAACACGCUCUAUGUGCUUUCAUUAUCAUAAUAUAUAUAUAUA